GCACCUUUUCUCGCUUGGGGAGGGGUUGUUCGAGAACAGCCAGUCUCGGCUCUCGUCUGUAUCUUGUUCCUCUUCCCUGAAAUUCUUUCAUCGCGGGCAUCCAGGUUCGGGGGGAAUCUCUCUUUCCUACUUACCAGCGGGUUUCUCAAUCGGGACUAAUGCAGAGCCUGCCCACAAUCAUGCGAUUCCUCGCAUGGCUAGGCCUCUUCCUUAGCGCUCGAGGCGUUCAAGGCGAGUCCCUUGCCAAAGAUGAGCUCUGCGUGACUGUGAUCUUCUCGGCAUAUAAUUAUAUCUCCUUCCAGGGAGACCCCACAAAGGGAAUGUGGGAUACUCGCUGUCGGAACCCAUACAAAGUCACCUCAAUCUACGCAUCUUCGGAGAUCUACUGCCGCGACGAAGAGCGUGUAGUCGGGCUGGCACAGCUGGCAAAACUUUGCCGGGAGGUCGGCAACGGCGAGCUGCUACCAAGAGAUGCUGUUGCCGAGAAUUUAACAGAGAAGGCUAUCCGCAAUAUGAGAGUUGCGGAUUAUCAAGAGCUGUCGCGGGCAGAUUUCCAGGAUACCCCCGUCCUUCUCUCCUCGGCAUAUUUCCAUCGCAUGUUCAACACAUUAGAUUCUUGGCAGUUUGAAACCUGGUCUCACCAUGCAUUUAGCUAUGUUGGUUACGCCUAUUGGGCUGUGAUACUGCUGUUAGGAAUCCUGUACCGCCUAUGCAGCUCCCCAACCCGCAGCCAGCAACGUGAAUUCGAAGAAUUUAACACACGCCCGCCGAUUGGCACCUGGCAUGAGUUGCCGUUGCUCGGAAAUGCCAUCCAUUGGGUUCAAACACACCUGAUCAUCCCGGCUCCGCUUGCUGGUCGACGGCGGCAUAUUUUCAGCUGUGGAUUCACCUCACGAGUAGAGGCACUCGUUGUAGCAGGGUUCUGGAUACUGAGCAUGAUACUUAGUGUUGUUGGCUACCGGACUUUCCCAGGCAACAUUUACUGGCCCGACGUCACAAGUCAAGUUUUACGCUAUUCAGCAGAUCGGACCGGCAUCAUGUCAUUUGCGAACUUCCCUUUACUUUUCCUCUUCGGUGGACGAAAUAACAUAUUGAUCUGGGCCACUGGUUGGAGUUUUACGACCUUUAAUGUCUUUCAUCGUCAUGUGGCGCGGAUCGCUACAUUGCAAGCAGUGGCACAUUCGGUUCUGUACUUGGUUAUAUAUAUUGCAACUACCAACAAAAUCUGGAAAGAAAUUUCCAAGGCCUAUGUUCUUUGGGGAAUUUUGAAACUAAAAGAUUCACAGGCUUUCGUUCUCAUGAUUCUGGUGUUGAUCACCUCUUUGGAUCGGAUGCGCACGACAUCCUACGAGAUAUUUAUGGUAGCACACAUUGUCUUCUCUGUGGUUACCCUAAUUGGUUGUUUCUAUCACACCAUUGUAUUCGAGGGACACGGGUAUUGGAAGUAUCUGUGGCCAUCCGCGAUAGUGUGGGCAAUUGAUCGUUUCCUGCGGGCCGCUCGGCUAGUUUAUUGCAACGUCCAUAUCAGGCUGUCCAAGCGAAACUUGAUAACUGUCACGGAGAGUCGCAUGACCUAUGACGAAGCCGCCGAUGUCAUUCGAUUGGAGAUCACUCCAGGAAUACCAGGUUUACAAGUUAGGCCGGGAGAUUACUAUUUCCUGUACCAGCCAUUUCGCUUCACCGGUUGGGAGAACCAUCCAUUUACUGUUGGAGCCUGGAGCUACGACGUGGAUCCACUGGGAAUGUCGCUGAACAGUUCUGGCAAGCCUCGGAACUCUUUAGAUAAUACUCAGCUACCACUUCUAUCUGAGAGCUACCCUGAUCGGGAAAGCUGGGACGCAAGAAAAGCGCAAAUCCAAGGAUCUUCAACCCCAAGACUGAUCUUCUGGAUCCGUCCCUAUGAUGGCUGGACACGACGGCUUCGCCGGCAAUGUUUGCGUGCGCCAAACCAGGCUGUGCAUACCACAAUUCUUCUGGAGGGCCCAUACGGACAUAGCUAUCCGCUGUGGAGAUACGAAUCCGUGUUGAUGAUUGUAGGAGGGACUGGGAUUGCGGCUGCGGUGCCCUAUCUUCAGGAUCAUCUCCAGAGAUCUGCCAAUCACUGGUCCAGCACGUCGGAAGAAAAGUCACGAACCCGGGAUGUCGAACUGGUCUGGACUACUAGACGGUCAGCCUUCCUUCGUGACCUUGCCGAUCGUGAACUCCACCCGAUGCUCAGCCGGGAAGACUUCCGUGCGUCUUUUUACGCCACGGGGUCCUCUGAUAGAUUCCGCCAAGAUUUCAAUGAUCUUGGAUAUACUGUCCAGAUGGGUCGACCGGAUCUACAGUCGCUCAUUUUAAGCCGUGCCUCUAAGGCCUCUGCAGCUGGGAUGAAGCUUGCGAUUCUAGUUUGUGGUCCAGCUGGGAUGGCCGACGAGGCGCGUGCGGCAACUCAUCUGUCAAUGAAACAAGGCUACCAAGAUAUCAAGUAUGUACAGGAGUCUUUCACCUGGUGAUGGAAAACAAGGGUCACUUCGUGUGACGUGUGAUGUACCAACAUGAUCUUCGCCCUAUCUUGACCUUACGGUGAAGGAUAUGCUGAAAGGUUCCCACGUCAUGAGAUAAUGAAUCAUGGAGCUCGGGCAUCAGCAAGACUACUAGAAAAAGAAAUGUUGGUUGAGCCCGUGAGUUAUUGCUUCAUCGUAAUUCGCCGAGUACCUCCGAAUUACUCAAUUGUCAUUGUAAGUUGUUGGGAGAUCGGCUUCAUCAGAGCCUCGUAGAGAAGGGAUAAACGUUCCGACGAUACGCACAGUACUGGGGAAGCUUUGCUAUGCGUGACGCAGGAGGUUGUUCCUGCACGUCCCUGCAUGGGUUUAUUGAUUUCAAUUAUUUCCCCCAGUCAAGGGUUGCCACCAAUCAAGUUGGUCUGAAUGCCGG